UGUAUCAUCAGCUCUUGAUAUCGUAAAGAACGUGUCUUUAGGUUAGCUGUGGCUUGAUAUGAUAAGAUGGAAUAUCAAUAAUGACUUGAUAUAAUGGAGAUGGAAACAGCAGUGAAACACGGACAUUUCUUAAAUUUUAGUCGCAGUAAUGUAGUCCUACAUGGGCCAUAAACCCUUGACCUGCUAGUAGUUUUUCUACGCUGGCACAUGCACUUGCGAACUUCGUGGCGUAUAAAAACACAUCAGUUACGACUAGCGGGUCUAAGGAAGGAAGAUGACGAUCACCGUCCCAGAGAUAUUAUUCCCUAAUGUUUGUCGACGGAGAGAGAUGUCUUCUCUAAUAGCAAUAAAAAUAAUAUAUAUUGGUAGAACUGAUCUUUGAUAUCUCCCGAGCGCAGGGUCUAGCAAAAGCAAAUAUUUACAUAAUAUUUAUAUAGCUUAUAUCUUAUAGCUCAACGGUUGCUUGGUAGAUAUGCCAGCCGAACGUACAUGUACCCAUGUAUAGGCACAAAAUCACAUACAUAGUUUGGUAGGUCAUCGGGGCAGACCCUGGAUUAGUAGAUUUUGUCGUGAAGCGUCAUUUCCAGUCAUCAUCAAUAAGAGGUUUGUGCAUGCAUGUGUUGAUCUCGGAACUAUAAGUAUAAUGCUUCAAGAAGGAAAACUGGUCCGCUGGCUUCUCCUUUUUCUGGGAGACUGGAGAGUGUUGCUGACGCUUUUCACUGCCACGGUCAUACUGUAUUUCAUGAUGAGAAAAACGUACCGGCUACCACCUGGACCAAUGCGUCUUCCCAUCAUAGGAAACCUUCAUCAGACGUAUUACUAUUCCCCACUGUACAAAUACUGCCAUGAAUUGGCAUCAACAUAUGGACCUGUGAUUCGGCUCAACUUUGGUCUCGUUCCCUGUAUCAUCAUUAAUCGUAUGGAUAACGCGAUUGAAGCACUAGUGACCAAACAGAAUGACUUUGCUGGACGUUCAAAAAGCUGGACGGCGGAAACGUUUUCGGAGGGAUAUAAAGACAUUGCCGGAGGAUUGUUUAAUCCAACUUGGCAGCUGCAGCGCAAACUUGCUCACAGCGCAUUCAGGCACUUUGCCUCUAAGGACGUGUUGGUGCAGAGAAUCCACGGCAGCUUCAAUGAUGUUUCGCAGGUUCUUGAUAAAAUUGACGAACCCUUUGAUCCAAGAAGCUAUGUGUACAACUGCGUAUAUAACAUUAUCUAUGCGAUGACGUAUGGGAAAAGUUUCUCUAUAGAUGAUCCCGAUUUUACUAAGAUGAUAUCGUCCGCGAAUGAACUGAACGACAUUGUAGGCGGUGGCUUUGCACCAGACUAUAUCAGCGCUCUGAAAUACUUCCCGCGGACCACCUCACAGAAACGCUUUAUGGAACUGUGUGAUGAGCUUAUAAAGCGAGGGCGGGAAGAAUAUCAGCAUCACAAAGACACGUUCACACGCAAUGACAUUCGAGACCUGUGUGAUGACCUAAUUCUUGCGCACCAGGAUAUGCCGGACGAAGAACGUGAUAUCCUUACUGAAACCCAUAUUGUGCAGACAUUACUGGACAUAUUUGGAGCUGGGACGGAUACAACAUCAAUGACAUUACUGUGGACCAUAAAGUUCAUGAUGGCCUACACAGAGAUUCAGAAAAAGGGGCAAGAGGAAAUCGACAAUGUCAUUGGUCAAGAUCGUCUAGUUAACUUUCACGACAAACAAAAUCUGCCAUACUGCGACGCCAUCCUGCAUGAGGUCAUGCGACAUCGACUACCUGCCCCCAUUGCCCUACCUCACUGCGCGACCAUAGAUACGACAGUUGGUGGUUAUGACGUCCCAAAAGACACGAUGGUGAUGUUCAACCUGUACGGACUCCAUCACGAUCCAGCAUACUGGACUGAACCUGAGAGGUUUGAUCCAACACGGUUUCUUGACGAGCAUGGCUCCAUCAGGCCCAAGAUGCCUAGCUUCCUCCCGUUCUCUGCCGGGAGACGUGUUUGCGUUGGAGAGUCCAUUGCUAAGAUAGAUCUGUUUGUGCUCUUCGCAUGUUUCCUACAGCGAUACAGCUGGAAUGAACCACCAGGGGAAGUUACUGACGUGGAACCGAAGAUUUCUGCAAGCGGAAUGGACAUCAAACCAUUUAGAGUUGUUAUAAAGAACAGGCUUUAAAUG